UCCUCCAAAAAGGCUGAAGAUUGAAGAUGUUGUCUUCUACUCAGAUACUGACAAAUACUUGGUAACAGAAUGCAGAGGAUAGAUUUCGGUCGAAUAUCGCAUCCUCUGUAUUUAUAUAUACUUGUAGAUGAUAAUAACCAUUGACACAUUUAAGCCCUCAGUUACAUAUUUAUCCAAAAAAUAAAAAACUAUGGCAACGAGUGAUGAAGCAAAAGAAACAUGUUUCUACCAGCAGUGGAUGGCCCUUCAAGAACACGAGCUCUCCGAACUCAACCGAGCCAUCACUCUCAAUGCAAACGGGUCCACCUCCGAUUUCGAACUCACCCAACUGAUUGACCGAAUCUUGACCAAUUUCAAGAAUUACGUAAAAAUGCGAAGGGUCAUGGCCAAGGAGGAUGUUUCCCCCUACAUGGCACCCACAUGGUGCACCACGCUCGAAAGAUCAGUGUUAUGGAUCGGAGGGUGCAGGCCGUCUUCGUAUAUCCGACUAAUCUACGCUCUCUGUGGAAUGCUGACCGAGUCAAACCUCACCGAGUUUCUCAACGGCUCAAAUACGGUGAAUUUGGGGGAGCUCUCGGGUGCUCAGAUGUCAAUGGUGGACGAGUUGCAGAAAAAGACGAUCGCAGAAGAGAGGCGGAUUUCGACGAGGAUGGCCGGCUUGCAGGAGGAUGUUUUGGACGAUCCACUGGCGGUGAUUGCGGUGGGAUCCGAGGGCGGCAGCUGCGGGUCUAGCGGCACGGUGGAGGAGGCGCUGACGGAGCAUGGCGGUGCGAUGGCGGCGACUUUGGAGGCGGCUGAUCAGUUGAGGAUGGACACGUUGGUGGAGGUGAUAAGGAUACUUACGCCGUCUCAGGGGGUGAGUUAUCUGGCGGCGGGGAAGAAGCUUCAGCUCUGCAUGCAGAAGUGGGGGAGGAAGAAAGAUUCUGAACAUGGGAGAAACUAGAUAGUUCCAGCUUAUAUGUAUCAGUAAUUUUAUUUAUGUUUCUGAGUAGUCUUUUUAUGUGUGUACUGGUUUUCAUGUUUUUAAUUGGCAUUACCUCUUAAUAAAUUGAAAUUUGAGUUAUUCUCCAACUAAUAUUAUUGCCCAAGAAUUGAAAUAAAAUAAUAAAAUGUUAAAAGUUAGAUGUCACAAAUCCUAAAAGUAGUGGUACAUA